UAAUUAACGAAGCGGCCGAGAAUUAAUUGAAAUUAAUUUGUAUUUUAUUAUCUGUGGAAAUUUUAUUUUUUUACGACAUAUUUUUUUGGUCAAAGGAAAUUGAUACAUACAGCUAUAAUAACAGUUCAAAUAAAACUUUAUAAUAUUAAUUAGGUGUUUAAUAAUAUAUAUUUUUUUUUUCUAAUAAUGUACAAAUGGUCAGUGAUACAUACGUGGAUUGUGAUGGUGUGCCUCAGUGCAGGAGAGCAUCCUAAGGAGAGCAGACCCGAGGAGGGAUACCCGCGAGGACUCAUGUCAGUUUGCCCCGGGUCCAGUAAGACGGCGACCAUCCCCCGCAGCCAGCUGAAGUACCUGCAGUUCGUGGUGCAGGGAGACGAGCGCUCGCGACACACAUACACCUACUGGAGCGCAGCAGACAUCGCCAACGACACCAGGGUACACCUCAACAGGCGGACGGUGGUGAUACUGCUGGGCUACCUGGACAGCAGCCACUUCCCAAUCUCAGCGAUGUUGGCCAACGAGUACGAGGCGCUCGGCUACAACGUGAUCAUAGUCGACAACCAACGGUUCACCACCGUACAUUACUAUCUGGCGUCGCGUCUGAUGCGUCCGGUGGGCAAGCACGUCGCGGAGGUCCUAGUCAAGCUCACCGAGCGGGGCCUGCAGCCUGACAGACUAGAACUGCUCGGGUUCAGUCUCGGCGGACAGACCGUCAGCUACGUCGCCAAGAACUACCGCCAUAUGACCGGCAGGAACGUGUCCAAGAUCACCGCCCUGGAGCCGUCGGGGCCGUGCUUCAGGCGGCUGGACGCCGACGACCGGCUGGCCGCCUCCGACGCCGACUUCGUGGAGGUGGUGCACACCAACGUGGACGGGUACGGCAUGGCCGCCAGGAUGGGACACGUCGACUUCUACGUCAACGGCGGCGAGUACCAGCCCUCGGACCUCAACAUGUUUCCCUGCGUCGCCACUUGCAGCCACUUCCGCGUCCUGCCUAUCUGGGUAUCCGCCAUGAAGAAUCCUAAAGGUUUCAUCGCAAUCAAAUGCGACAGCAUCCAGCAGGCCAGAGACUGCGACUGCUACAACAACAUUCAUUUAGAACUGAACUUCUUGGGACCGAAAGUUAGAAGAAGUAAUCAGGGGUUAUUUUACGUCUCCACCAGUAAAUCCUUCCCAUUUUACUUGGGGCGGGACGGAUUAAAAGCGGAAUAUGCUUCAUGGAGAAGAAUUACGGAAGUCAACGAAGGGAAUGAGACGGAAGUGUAUACCUGAGCAAUAUACAAUGACCUAUUGGUGUUCAAAGAAAAUUAGGGCUUAAACGGUAAACAUAUAAAGUAGACGAUAUAUAGAGAUCACUAUAUAGAGUCAAAUUAAGCGAUGUGAACCUUCUUCAUAGAAU